AAAAACCCACUCCCACAUUCUUCUUUCUAAAAAAGAACACACACAUAAACCACUUUCUCUCUUCUGUCUCUUUCUUUUGCCAGGCGAACAUGGAUAAAGGCUUCUCUCCCGUCGGUCUAAGAGUUCUUGUGGUUGACGACGACCCAACAUGGCUUAAGAUUCUUGAGAAGAUGCUCAAGAAGUGCUCUUACGAAGUGACUACAUGUGGGUUAGCUAGAGAAGCUCUGAGGCUGCUCCGGGAGCGUAAGGACGGAUAUGACAUCGUGAUCAGCGACGUCAACAUGCCUGACAUGGACGGAUUCAAGCUCCUUGAGCACGUUGGACUCGAGCUGGACCUCCCUGUCAUAAUGAUGUCAGUGGACGGUGAGACGAAAAGAGUGAUGAAAGGAGUCCAGCACGGAGCGUGUGAUUACCUGUUGAAGCCCAUAAGGAUGAAGGAGCUGAAGAUCAUAUGGCAGCACGUUCUGAGAAAGAAGCUUCAAGAAGUGAGGGACAUCGAAGGAUGCUAUGAAGGAGGAGCUGAUUGGUUCACCAGAAACGAUGAGGCACACUUGCUUGGAGGAGGAGGUGAAGAUGUUUCUUUUGGGAGAAAGAGGAAAGAGUUUGACUUUGAGAAGAAGCUUCUUCUUCAGGAUGAGAGUGACCCAUCAUCGUCUUCCUCCAAGAAAGCAAGGGUGGUUUGGUCUUUUGAGCUUCAUCAGAAGUUUGUCAACGCUGUUAACCAGAUAGGUUGCGAUCACAGUAAGUACGUUGGGACACUUCAGUUUCUUUCAAUAUCCCUACCUUUAUCAUGUCUUCUUCAUGGAUCUGGUGUCUUAUGUUUGGCAGAAGCUGGUCCCAAGAAGAUAUUGGACCUCAUGAAUGUUCCAUGGCUCACUAGGGAAAAUGUUGCGAGCCACCUCCAGAAGUACAGGCUUUACCUGAGCAGAUUGGAGAAAGGAAAGGAGCUAAAGUGUUACUCUGGUGGAGUAAAGAAUAUGGAUUUACCUCCAAAAGGUUCCGAAUUUAGUUCGGUCCACCAAAGCCCUGGAAAGAACAGCUAUGCCUUCUCUGGAGGCAGUUCUGAUCCAAAGCAACUUGCUUCAUCUUCAGUGUCUGACCCCAGCAGUGAUGUUCAUAUGCCUCCAAAAGCGAAAAAGACGCGUGUAGAAUUUGAUCCUCCCAUUUCCUCAAGUUGUGCGUUUGACUCUCUGCUUUCCUGGAGUGAUGUUCCAGACCCACUUGAAUCAAAGCCCCAGAUUCUGUAUGGGAGCAGCUUUCUCCAGCAACAACCAUUACCAAGUCAAAGUCCCUAUGUUGCAAAUUCUGCACCAACUCUGAUGGAACAGGAAAUGAAGCCUUCGUAUGAGACUUCUGUGAAUGCGGAUGAGUUUCUCAUGCCACAAGACAAGAACUCUACCGUGAUCCUUCAAGAUCUGGACUUGUCCGCUCCCUCUGCCAUCUCCAGCAUAAAUGUAACCAACGAUACAGAGUCGAUUCUGAGAAGUUUGAGCUGGGAGCUUCCGGAAUCACAUCAUUCUGGUUUUAUAGACACUGACUUAGACUUCAGUUGGCUUCAAAACGAGCAUUUCCUUGCAAACACCGGAGUCCAAAACUUCCAGUUACAAGAUUACAGUUGUAGCCCAUCUCUCCUUUCCGAGCUCCCACCUCACCUUUGGUUUGGAAAUGAACCUGACGAGUAUACCCUCAUGGUAGACCAUGGCUUAUUCAUAUCUUGAACUUGCUCCAUUAACUUCUUUUCGUAUAUUGGUCGGUGUUAUGCAUAAAGAUUUUGUGGGUAUACCUGAAAAUAAUCUUAUCGAAUGCAUGUACAAUAAUCCAUGAGUGUCAUAGGCUAAAUACACCACAGUGAUAAGACCACUUGUUUCAUACUGUCGCUUAAGAUCUUCAAACUGUCACA